AUGGAGGGAUCCCGCAUCCCAGUGGGAGUUGUCCAGUAUGGAGAGGACGUGGUCCAUGAGUUCCACCUGAACGACUACAGGUCCGUGCAGGACGUGGUGGCGGCCGCCAGCCACAUCGAGCAGCGAGGGGGCACCGAGACCAGGACCGCCUACGGCAUCGAGUUCGCUCGCGAUUCCCGGGGGUUCCUGCUCCUCCCCGAGGGGCAGCAGCCCCAAGGACGCCUCGGGGCGGGCUCGGCCAGCACGGAGCCGGCGGGGCUGAGCAGCCCGGGACAUCUCUUCACUUGCAGCUCGGAAGCGUUUCGGAAAGGUGGCCGGAAAGGGGCAAAGAGAGUAAUGAUUGUCAUCACAGAUGGAGAGUCCCACGACAGCCCAGACCUGGAGAAGGUGAUCGAGGACAGCGAGAGGGACAACGUCACCAGAUACGCGGUGGCGGUCUUGGGUUAUUACAACAGGAGAGGAAUCAACCCCGAGGCCUUUCUGAACGAGAUCAAAUUCAUCGCCAGCGACCCCGACGACAAACACUUCUUCAACGUCACCGACGAGGCGGCGCUCAAGGACAUCGUGGAUGCUCUGGGAGAAAGGAUUUUCAGCCUGGAAGGAACCAACAAGAACGAGAUCUCCUUUGGACUGGAAAUGUCCCAGACUGGAUUUUCAUCCCACGUUGUGGAAGACGGGAUCCUGCUGGGAGCAGUGGGAGCCUACGACUGGAACGGAGCCGUCCUGAAGGAGACCAGCAGUGGGAAGGUGAUUCCUCUGCGGGAAUCCUACCUGCAGGAAUUCCCGGAGGAGCUGAAAAACCACGGAGCCUAUUUAGGUUACACCGUCUCCUCCGUCGUCUCCGCCAAGCGUGAGCGGAUUUACGUGGCCGGAGCGCCGCGCUUCAACCACACGGGCAAGGUCAUCCUCUUCGACAUGCACGGCAACAGGAACCUCACCAUCCACCAGGCCCUCAAGGGAGAGCAGAUCGGCUCCUACUACGGCAGCGAGAUCGGCGCCCUGGACGUGGACGGCGACGGCGUCACCGACGUGCUGCUGGUGGGAGCGCCCAUGUUCUUCAGUGAGGGCAGGGAGCGGGGCAAGGUCUACGUCUACAGCCUGCAGGGGAACCUCUUCGUUCCCAGCGGAGCCCUGGUGGACCUCCAGAGUUACCAGAAUUCCCGUUUCGGCUCCUGCAUCGCCGCCGUUCCCGACCUCAACCAGGACUCCUACAACGACCUGGUGGUGGGGGCCCCGCUGGAGGACGAGCACCAAGGAGCCGUCUACGUUUUCCUCGGAUUCCAGGGCACCAUCCUGAAGAAGUACAAGCAGCGGAUCGCGGCCGCCGGCCUCGCUGCGGGCCUGAUGUAUUUUGGGUGCAGCAUCCACGGGCAGCUGGACCUGAACGAGGACGGGCUGGUGGACCUGGCCGUGGGCUCGCUGGGCAACGCCGUGGUGCUCUGGUGA